AUGGGAUUUUUCUCGCGAAUCAUCACCCUCUUCGGGCUCAUCCUGCUAGCUCAUGCAGGCUACUCCGCCCACGAGCACACCACGCUCACGAGCAACGUCGCACACUCGACCGUCGUAUCCAGCAACCCUCUCGGCCUUUUGCCGCCGGAUGUCACGAUCGAAGCCCUGGUCUCGGUAGUCUUGGUAUCGAUUGGACUUGUGCUGGGGACUGAGAAACUAAAGCCGAUUACGCACAGCGCGUGGGCUGGUCAGAUCGAGCGUGAGGGUGGUGGACGUAAUCCGUAUAAGAACUUGGACGAGAGGGCUGGGUUUUGGGAUGUGAGGAAAAGUCGCAAGGAAUUUGCGGAUUGGAUGCGUGAGGAAGGUCAGGGCGCGGCGAAGAGGUCAUGA